AUGAUGAGUCUUUUUUAGAAGUUGUUGAUAAUUUAUUAUAGGUAACUUGAUAAGAGCAUUCACUAAAUUUUUAUUGUUAUAAUUGAAAACUGGAAGAUAAAGAGUUCUGCAGUAAAUAAGAACUAAAAUUAUGAGAAGUGA